ACGAAAUGAACAACAAAAAGACACAAAAAGAGAGAAAGUUAACACCAAGCGUACAAAAGCUGAGCAGGCCGUUCAUUAUAGACCAGAAACAAAAGGUCAAGGGGAUAUGUACAUGAAUAUAGGCCGUGUUUCAUCUACUGAUACUGAUGAAGAGGAAGCGCCGUCUUUAGUGCUGAUGAAAUUGAACACAAAACACAAAGCUGGAAAGAACUCAGACAAAAAACCGAAAUCAAAUUUUGGUAAUGAAAAUCAAUCUACUAAACAAAACGAUAUAACGCAAGUGACCACCUUGGACAGAAACCUAGACAAUGGCAAUGAUGAUUCAACGUAUUACAACGUAGAUGACAUAAUCACAAGUGUAAGAGUCAGUGAGCUGAAAGAUUAUAUUUUCAAAAGAAAAUCGAAUGUAAAUGGCAAGUUAGAAGAUGAAUAUAAGAAAAUACCAUAUGGAGUUCAACACCUCACAACAAAGGCUCAGCUUAAAGAAAAUGUACCAAAGAAUAGAUUUAAAACAACAUUUCCAUACGAUCAUACAAGGGUUGUAUUGCAACCGAGUCAUGGAAUAGUUUCAGAUUAUAUAAAUGCCAACUAUGUAGACGGUUUUGAAAAGGAAAAGUGUUAUAUAGCUUCACAAGGACCAGUAAAGAAUACUAUUAAUGACCAAUGGAGAAUGAUUUGGCAAAAUAAUACAAGAAAGAUUAUAAUGCUGACAAAUCUGGUGGAAGGCCCAAAAAGGAAAUGUGAACAAUACUGGCCAGAAGGAGGAAAACCGAUGACUUGUGGUAACCUUAUUCUCACCUUAUUAACAGAAAAGGAGCGAGCUGCAUAUAUCACGAGAGAGAUGCAAGUUGAAGACAAAAAGACAAAAGAGAAGAGAUGUAUCAUACAGUACCAUUUCACAGCCUGGCCUGAUCAUGGAACACCAGAUCCUCUGUACCUGGUAUUGUUUCAUAAACAUGUCAUAUCUGAUCAUACAAGUACUGACAAUAAUGGACCAAUUCUUGUUCAUUGCAGUGCUGGUAUCGGUCGAACUGGAACAUAUAUUGGACUUGAUGCUUUACACGAAGAAGGACUUGCCACUGGGUUCGUUGAUGUCGUUAAGUUUGUUAAGAAAAUGAGGUACAACCGGAUGAACAUGGUGCAAACACCAGAGCAGUAUGUUUGCCUUCAUUAUGCCUUACUUGAGGCGUUUACGAUGAAGGACACAAACGUAGGAAAGGAAGAAUUCGGAACCAUCUGGCAGAAAAUUGUGUCAGACAAGAGUCCUGCUAACAGACAACGUCUUCGUGAAGAGUUUAAGAUGCUGGAAGCUAAGAAAUCUGAGCAUGAUAAGGCCCAAUAUGUUGCUGCUAAAAGCCCUGAAAAUGUCAAAAAGAACAGAAACAAUAGUGUCAUUCCUACGGACAACAACAGACUAUUUCUUACUUCAUAUGAAAAAGGACGAACUGAUUAUAUCAACGCUGUACAAGCUCCAUCAUAUACAAAGUUCAUUGGAUAUUUAACAACACAGCUACCACUACCUGACACAAAAGUUGACUUUUGGACUAUGGUUAGAGAUCACAAUUCUUCUACAAUAGUCGUGUUUCUAAAUGACCAAACAGAGGCUGACUUAGUUUACUCAACGUCCAAGGACUCAUUUACAUGUGGGAAAUAUAACUUGACGAUAUCAAAUAGAGGAAAAGAAGAUAUGGAUAUUACAAGUUGUAAAGUCGUCCUAUCCAAGAAGGAUGACAAACAGAGAGAUAUAGCCAUGUAUCUUGCAGUGUCAAAGGGACUUCCUGAUCCACAGGUUCUGUGUAAACUUGUUACUCUGAUUUCUACUCGUGUCAGCAUGUCAAAUGAUCCAGUAACCGUUGUCAGCGGUGAUGGAGCUAAGAACUGUGGGGUUUUCUGUACAUUUGCAAAUGCUGUUUCCAGUAUGACAAUAGAUAAUAAUGCAAACAUAUUUCAACUUGCCAGACUGUUGCAGUUGAGGAGACCAGAGUUCUUUGCUGAUUAUAAUGAGUAUCGUUUAUGUUAUGAAGCUUUGAAUCUCUAUUUGGAAUCCUCAAGUGUAUACGCAAAUUUUUAAUUGAUUGGGAAAUCAUUUCACACAGGUGACAAUAAAAUUGGUGAUGUAAUUAAGAAUUGGGUAUUUUGUAAAAAUGUCCUAGUUUGUUUAAGACGGAACAGGAUUUUUGAUUAUUUGUAUACCUUUUGUUAUAAAAAUAUUAUUUUUGUCAAAGAACUAUUGCUUACUGUUGUCAUUACUGCAUGUAUUCAUCCAAUUCAUUCGUUUAUUUAUUCAUUGGUAUCCGUCACCAAACUAUUGACAAACUCAUGACGUUUGUUCAUCAUUGUCUUAUUAAUGUGGGUCUAUCGUGACCUUUGUCAGCCUAGUCUUAUUUAUUUGGGUCUAUCACUGGGAAGGAACUUGUAGUUUAAGUUGUCUUGGGUUGCCAUCUGUCGGUAUUGAUUGGGAUAAA